UGCGGCCCGGCUUGCGGGCAGGGACGCAGUCGCGCCGGAAGUUACGUCGCCCGGGGCGGAGCGCCCGCCAGAUUUGAAAAAGUGACGUAACGGGCGGCGCGGCGGCCCAGCUGGGUGGACCUCACUCCUCUCGCGUCAGACCUGCAAAAUGGAUCUCUUAACGUUUCCCAGAUAUAAUCCCAAUGACAUCAUAACUCACAUCCGCAAUCAGAUCCUAACAGGAUCCGAAGCUAAAAACCUCUCCAAAAAUGACUUGUUUCCAAAUCCCAAGCGUGAGGUAUUGCACAUGAUCUUCAUGAGAACCUUGCAGAAUGUGUAUGGAAUCCGUCUGGAGCACUUCUACAUGAUGCCGGUCACUGUUGACAUAAUGUAUCCACAGAUUGUUGAAGGCUUCCUACCUAUUUGUAACUUGUAUAUUAAUAUGGAGCGUUUUCUUCCAGUCUGCCGUAUUAAUGACUUUCAGCUUGCUGAUGUCAUAAAUCCAAAAGCAAAGCGGACAUCUCGUUUCUUGAGUGGCAUUCUUAACUUUAUUCACUUCCAAGAAUCGCGCCGCGAGAUCUACAUGGAAUUCCAGUGGUCAUAUAAAUCAGCUCUGGAAAAAAUACAGCAACUGCAGACAGCAAAUCAGGAGGCAGCAGUGAAGCUAGAGAAACUUGACACGAUUCCAGUAGAGCAGAAAGCAGAGUUCAAGCAGCUGUCUGAUGAUAUUAAAGAACUGCAGCAAGUACUAAACCAGGACUAUCGUCAAAAAACGACAGCUUUGCAAGAAGUGACUUCCCAAAAGAAAGCAGAAGUUGCAGAGAGAACUCGAAGUCUGAAUCAGCUAAAAGUGACAAUGGCUACUUUGAAAGAAGAACAAGAGCAACUGAAAUCAAAAAUUGUAGAGUCUCCAGAGGAACUGAAGAAUUACAAAGAACAUAUGAAGGAGACUGUCCAGAAACUCAAGAAAACCAAGCAAGAGGUUAUUGAGAAGUAUGAAGGUUAUCGAGACCUAGUUGAGAUUCUGCCAUCAUGUCAACUGGAGGUGCAAUUAUACCAAAAGAAAAUGCAAAGCCAAGGCGCAAAUGUGGAGAGAAUGGCUAAUAUCUCAUCAGAGGUCAGAAAUCUCGAGGACCAGAUUGAGAAUGGCCAGAUAGAGUUGAAGAAUGCUGCGACAGAUGAAAUGUCCUUAAAGAGACUGGUCAACGCUAAGCGUGAGAAGCUGUCUACGGCUGAAAUAAGGAUAAAGAAGAAACAGGAGGACGUUGAGCAGUACAAGCGCACAGUAUUUGAGUAUUGUAACAGAGUUCAGGAGAAGAGAGGGGCUGUCUAUGAGAAGGUGACGGUGAUUCACAAGGAAAUUCAGCAAGUCAGAUUCAAAGUCCAGCAGCUGAACGAGAACACUGAAAAGGAAAAAAUGAAAGCACAGGAUAGGUCAAGAUCCCAGCCAGAACAGCCUGUAUCACAGGAUUCCAGCAAUUCCAUUCAGGGCACGAGGUAGCAGCGAGAUGCUGAGGAGGCAAGGGCAGUUGUGUACCCAAGGCAGCUUCAACUGUCAGUGAGGCAGAACAUGCUAACUCAACUAGAUGGCGUGGAGAGAUUGCUAAUGGAACAUUGAGCUUUUCGCUCAGUCGUUGGUUUGGAUCCAAACUCGGGUUGUUACUAGGGUUGCCAAUUUUGAUUGGCAACCGUGGUAUUCCUGGAGGUUUCAUCAUGUGACAUAAUCUUUAAUUAAAGAUUAAUCUUCAGCUCCUGGAGGCUCCAGGACAAUCCUGGAGGAUUGACAACCCUUGUUAGAGCCUGAAGGUUGUUCACUGGCUUAGAGGGGAAGUGUUUAACACACUCAUGCUGUUAACACAAGUGGCAUCUCAUUAGUGAAGACAAAGGAUUUGAGUGGACAAGGAGAAUGAACUUCACUGUCACCCUAGAAGAGGUCCAUGUAGCUUGCAUUUGAGACAUUUGUGAGGGAUGUGGGGCUGCUCUGUAAUUAUUUAUGAAUAGACUGUUGACCUGGUUAUUGAGAUGCUUAUUGUAGGACUACAUUAGUUUAAUAGGGGGCUGUAAGGAGAACAAGCAGGAAUGGAAGAAAAAUAGCUCAAGAUGAGCCACUCCUUUACAAACACUUGAGGGUUGGUAAAGGAUAAUGGCCGGAGCCACUGGCUCUGAGGAGACGGGCUCAGCAUCCUGCAGAGCCUAGCAAACUGGUUUGGGCAAAGUCCAGGAACAGACACGAACAAAGAUAUUCUGGCUGGAUUAAAAGAGAGACUCUUUCCAGUGGGGAGGCAGUUGCUGGGGAGCUGUUCAGGGAAACCAGGUUGACACAAGCAGCUGCUGGGGUGUCUGAAGAAGCUAGGGCACUGUGAGGGGAUGGUAGGAUAGAUGUGUGCAAACUGUUUUGAAAUCCUUUGAUCUCUAAAUAUUUUCUUUGUUCCUACUGUUUAGGAACAAUGUUUUGGUUUAAACAGGCUGUCUGGUCACUCUGAUCCUCAUCACAGACUCUUGAAGGGAAGAGUCUCAGGGGCCAAAUAGACCUGCUGGGUAAGCCUGGUGGGAUACUGUCUGUCCCACUCUAGGGAGGUGAAGGCACAAAGCCUGACACCUUAAGGGGUGCACUAGCUCUGCAACUGUGACAAUGUUUUGGCAAGGUAAUGUGAGGAAAGACUUAGGCUUGUCUAUAUUAUACACUUAAUGUGAUACCAGGCUCCAGCCUAAGCCCCAGUGUCUACACCAUGAUUAAACAGCUCCAUAGCCUGAGUCAGCUGACCUGGACCAGCUGCAGCUGUGCCGUGGAUCUUUUAUCACAGUGUAGACAUGCCCUAAGGGUUUAACAGAGAGACUAAUUAUCUCAUCAGCUGAGGCUAAUUGCUGGACUUUUACCAGCUAGGGAGAUAAAAAGGCUGCAGACUAGAGGACAGGGGUGGCUGCCAGAGAGGCUUCUGGGAGGGAACUCCUCCAGCAGCAGAUUGCCAAGAAGCCUCCCAGGAAGGUGGACUUCUGGAGCGGGAGAAUCAAAGCAUGAGUCGGGGAGAAGCCUACUGAAGAGGCAAGGUAGGAAGUAGCAAGGGAAUGGGAGAAUUUGGUUCGAGCGGCUUCCUACAGAGUCCCUGGACUGGAACCCAGAAGAGUGGGCAGGCCUGAGUUCCUCUACCAUCCCCAGCAGAAGGGCCAGUAAGGACUUUGGAGCAAAAGGGUCAGGACCCCACAGGAGGCCUGGGACUAUUGACCCUUCAAGUAGUGUCGCUAUGGGUGCUCCACUGGAGGUGUGUCUGCAUCCCUGUGCUGCUGAUGGGAGAACUUUGGUACCAGUGUCCAUUGGGCCUGCACAUGUGUUGUCUCUUCUCGUGCUGCACCCCGGGGCUAGCCAGCAUGCAUAGGCUAACCAUCCUCAGUUCCUUCUCAACCACCCUGGCUAGAGAUGGAGCCUUUAGCUCUCGGUUAGCAGAUUGUUAACUCUCCUUUUCAGUUGUUAAUCUUUAGUUUUUAGAAACCUUCUUGCUUUCUUCUGAAUUUAUUUAGCUCUGCCUUAACAACAAGAAAAAACAAGA